AUGGAUGACACCUGGACGCCCGUACAAACAAACUCUUCCUUAUCCAUCUGCGCCGGCACCAGCACCAGCAGCAUUGCCGCCGAUCUACUCCUGCCGGCUGCCGCCGCAUCCGAUCAUCAUCAAACAUUCCUUUCCCCGCCUGCUGCAGAGUUGGCGGCAGCUGGCAGCCACGUGGCUUCAUCUUCGGGUACUAGUAUUACUGCGUUGAGCGAUGAGGCCGGGGAGAAGAAGAAGAAGGGAGGUGGUGGCGGGUGGCGGUAUAAAGGAGUGAGGAGGCGGCCGUGGGGGAAGUACGCGGCGGAGAUUCGGGAUCCGAAGAGGAACGGAGCGAGGACGUGGCUGGGGACGUACGAGACUCCACAGGAUGCGGCUCUGGCCUACGACCGAGCCGCUUUCCAGAUGAGGGGAGCCAAGGCGAAGCUCAACUUCCCUCACCUGCUCAGCUCCGGUAACCACCCUUCCCCGCCGCCGGCAUGA